CUGUUUCGAUCCCUUUAUAAGACGGGCCGCGCCGCGCCUUGUGCGCACGGCACCAAGGCCAAGCAAGAACUGCAGGAGAGGCAGCGCUAUGGCCGGCGGCAGCACGGUGUUCGAGCCCCACGACGGCGCCGCGGCGAUCGCGGGCGGCGACGUCGUGUUCUGCGCCGCCAUCCUGUGCCUGUCCGUCCUGUCCAUGAUCAUCUUCGCGGCCGCAGCCUCACCCGACGGCAGCGAAGGGAAGCGGCGGCGCGGGCGCGCGAAGGGGCCGGUGUUCGUGGGCGGCAGGGGCUGCGGCUGCGGCGGAUGCCGCGCGGGCACCGGCGUCUGCGGCACCUACCUCUCCUGAUCGAGCAGACCAGCCGCCGGCGAUCGGUGGAUUCGCUCGCGCGCAGGCUGCCCGCCCGCCCACCCGCCCUCCCCGUGCAUAUACACGCAUGGCACACUUGUAAUAAGGAGCUGGGAGCUUUGCUUCACUAGCUGUGGCCUGCACAUCCAUGGCUGCUCUGCUCCUCUCUUCCCUCUUCUUCUUUUUCUUAGAAGUAAUCUAUAUCUCCUUUGGUACUA